AUGGGGAACUUGACGAGGAUAUCUAUAUACAACAACCAGAAGGUUUUGAAGUUCAGGCAAAUUCAAGGAACGGUGGCUGUUGCGCAUGAUAAACUUGCUGAACAAGGAUCCCAUAAGAAGCAUAACAUUCCUGCACAGACUGUCCCUGGAAACUUAAAUUUGCCUGUGGCGGUUGAUAAUGCGGAAAACUUGAACUUGCCUAACAUUGAUGAUGGAAACAUGGAAGACAAAGAGACAAUGAAUGAGCCGAACACUAGCAAUGAGGUCCAUGAAGUAAAUACAUCUUCAGCUGCCAAGCCAAGUGAUGAGGAGAGCGUCCUCGGUCCCAUGAUUACGUCAAGAUGGACACCUAGUGGCGGUCAGAAGAUAUAUGACAGACAAGCAUCGCCACGUCAAUCGGAUAGGAAAGUCUCGAAGAAGGUGGAGGGGAGAUCCCUCCAUGAUCCCUAUCCCGAGAAAAGAAGACAGCCGUCUAGGGCCGCGGGGGGCAACCCCGUUCCAGAGCCGAGUCAGCAGAACCCUCCCCGAAGCCCGCCGAGGAGGGCUCAGAGUCCGGAGGGCCCUCCGCCUCCGCCCGAUCGGAUAGCACUCCUAGAGGGUCAAGUGCAACGAUUGACGGAGUUACUCAUGGGUUUUCUAGAUCGCCAACAUCAGCAAGCCCAGCAUUCUCGGGUGGAAGAAAGGCACGAGCCCCCAAGAGAAGAGGAGUCCUAUCGAUGGGAUGAGAAUCCGCAGAGGCCGAGACAAGAUGAUGGUCAGGGCGAGGCGGCCGAGUCUUUUGACUUGUCGUUUGUACAGCAGCGGCAGGAAAGAAGAUUGCGGCAGUUAGAGGAGGAGAUGGUCGCCCUAAAGCCGAAGACCGGAGAGGCUCAGGGACCAAGGAUAAAUUAG